AUGUCCAACAACAAUAAUAACAACAAGGUGAAGGGUCUCCUUAAAGGCCUAAGAUUCAUUUCUCAGAUAUUCGAUAAUGAAGGCAAAGAUUCAGUAAUUGAGAUUGGUCAUCCCACAGAUGUAAAGCAUGUAGCACAUAUUGGAUAUGAUGGUCAAGGUCCGUCUGACAAUAAUCCCUCCUGGAUGAACGAGUUUAAAUCUGUCCCAGGGAAUUCAUCUGCACCUAAAGAUCAUAAAGGAGGCAUUCAUAGCAAAGAAUCCGAUAGUUCAAUCCAAAGGGCCUCUGAAGAUUCAAUGGAAAGAAGUUCAAGGUCUGUGAAUAGACACAGUGAUGACAGUCACUUACUGGACUCGGCCAAAUCAAAACGACAAUCAAAUUCAACGGGGAACAUGAGAGAGUCCCGUGCAAAGGAAAAGUCAGACAGACCAAGAAAUCCAAAAAGGUCAUCCAAACCUUCGCAGCCAAAUGAUCAUCAUUCAUGCCAUGAAUCCAAACACACCGACCAACACAUGCAGACGAAUGAUUAUCCCCUGCACCACCAAGACAGUGAUUUACCACCUAAAAAAUCACGCUCCAAGAUAUCAAAAGAUGGUUCCGCUGUUAGUUCAUCCAAAUCAAGAUCAAAAGCAUAUUCUAGGGAUCACAAUCACGAAGGCCAUGCUAAACGUAACUCCAAAUCUACGGACAAACACGAGUCCUUUGAAGAAGAAGAAGGACAUUAUAAGAGAGGGUCUAGUGAAAAUAUACUCAAAAGUUAUGUAAAUUAG